GGAUCAUCUUGGCAGCACUGCAGCGCUAGAUCUUCUGCCGGAAGAGAUAAACGUUUCCGGAUUCGUACCGGACGCACUGAAGCAUUUCUCUGGCGUAGAACCGCUGUUGGGUUUGCCUUGCCUGCAGGAAAAUGCAAAGGCCUUGAUGACGGCGAUGAAGUUAAGGCUUGCGCUCUUGUUUGCUUGGUGAUCAUUAGAAUUAGAUUGUUAGAAUUAGAUUGAAUUUAUUGUCCCAGAGUGUUUGGAUUGAUUCCAUUGUAACGACUCGUCCUCUAAUGCAAUGUUCAGUUAUGCCAUCAACAUCGUCCACGACCCGCGAGACAGCACCA